AUGAAAACGACUUGGAAAGAGAUUCAGCCUGUGCCUUCGAGCCAGGAGUUCCUGGAUAUCGUUCUUAGUCGGACACAGAGGCGGUUGCCCACACAGAUUCGGGCUGGGUUUAAGAUUAGUCGGAUCAGAGCCUUUUAUACCAGAAAAGUCAAGUUCACAUCAGAGACCUUUUGCGAGAAAUUCCAAGCGAUACUGGAAGGAUUCCCAAGACUGCAGGAUAUUCAUCCAUUUCACAAGGAUUUGAUGAAUACACUUUACGAUGCCGACCAUUUUCGUAUUGCUCUCGGCCAGCUUGCCACUGCCAAACAUCUGAUAGAAACCGUUUCCCGGGACUAUGUCCGCCUCAUCAAAUAUGCCCAGUCACUAUUCCAGUGCAAACAGCUCAAAAGAGCUGCUCUGGGUCGUAUGGCGACGAUAUGCAGACGUUUGAAGGAUCCGCUUGUCUAUCUCGAACAGGUGCGGCAGCAUCUUGGGCGUCUGCCCUCGAUUGAUCCCAAUACUAGAACGCUCCUUAUCUGUGGAUAUCCCAACGUUGGCAAGUCCAGCUUUCUGAGAAAUAUCACCAAGGCGGAUGUCGACGUACAGCCGUAUGCCUUCACUACCAAAAGCUUGUUCGUCGGGCAUUUCGAUUACAAGUACCUUCGCUUCCAGGCUAUUGACACCCCUGGCAUCUUGGACCACCCUCUUGAAGAGAUGAAUACGAUUGAAAUGCAGUCAAUUACCGCUAUUGCUCAUUUGAGAUCUGUGAUUCUCUAUUUUAUGGACUUGUCGGAACAGUGUGGCUAUUCAGUGACGGAUCAAAUUAAACUAUUCAACAGCAUUAAGCCGCUGUUUGCAAAUAAGAUCGUUUACGUGGUGGUUAAUAAAAUCGAUGUAAUGCGACCAGAAGAUUUGGAUGCAUCGACCCAAGAAGAACUCCAGUCUAUCUUGAAACCGGCGGAAGUGGAGAUGCUGCAGGUUUCGUGUGCAACUACAGAAGGAGUUACAGCCGUGAAGAAUGCUGCCUGUGACAGACUUCUCGCAGAGAGAGUGGCCCAGAAGCUGAAAACGGGUUCUAACAAUGCAGGUACUCCGUCUGGAAGGCUGGGUGAUCUUUUGGCUAGAAUCCACGUUGCACAACCCAUUGGUGGAGUCACUUGCGAAGUCUUCAUACCCGAAGCAGUCAAAUCGCUGAAGAAAUACGAUAAGCACGAUCCUGAGAAACGCAAGCUUGCAAGGGACACGGAAGAAGAGAACGGCGGUGCGGGUGUAUUUAACGUAAAUUUGAAAGAUAGCUACAUGCUUGCGAAUGACGAGUGGAAACACGACAAGAUCCCCGAAGUAUGGAAUGGCAAGAACGUCUACGACUUUGUGGAUCCUGACAUUGAGGCGAAGCUUGCCGCGCUGGAAGAGGAGGAGGAGAAACUGGAGGCGGAAGGAUACUAUGAUUCCGACGAGAGCGUCGAAGAUGCAGAGGAAGUCGACAUUCGCAUGAAGGCUGACCUCAUCCGCGAGAAGCAGCAGUUGAUCCGCAACGCGUCCAAGAUGCGAAAAUCCCUCAAGAACCGCGCACUUAUCCCUCGCAGCGUCAAAGCUCGCAAACUCUCUGAAAUGAAUUCUCAUUUGCAAUCAAUCGGUUACGACGCGCAAUCCGCGUCCAGCCGCGUUCAAACCCAAUCCCAAUACCGUGGCCGGACGACCUCCCGAACCGGGGUCGAAGCGGCGGAUGCUAUGGAGAUCGACAGUGGUGCUGCCAACACCUCUCGGCAUGAACUGCUUGAACGCGCCAAAAGCAGAGCUCGCAGCCAGGGGCCAACCAAUCGUCUUGUCGACGGCAUAACAGAUAUACAAUCUCGAAGCAAGGCUGAUAGGAUGGCCAGGCUUGCGCAGAAGAAGAUGAAUCGGAUGGCGAGACAAGGUGAAGCAGAUCGACAUCAAACGGCUUCUUUGGCAAAGCAUUUGUUCUCUGGGAAACGUGGAAUCGGCAAGACUCAACGCCGCUGA